GAACGAAUGUAUAGCAUUUUCCGUUAAGACCGGCAAAGAAUCCCCAGAGGCUUCUUCAGACUUCAGGUUGUAGACAACAAAUCAGAAGAUCCCAAAAGAACAGGUCCGAGAUUGGCUCCCCUCUUCUCGCUGUCGGAUACUAUACUGCCGAACUGUUCCCUGUUCCUUCAGCUCAGUUCUGCCAACCCGUCUCUCCCUCAGCCUCCAUUCGAUUUCAAACUCGCCAAAGUUUCAAACUUUACUCCCGACACGUCACGAGGAAGAAGACCCAGAAGUGGGGAAGCUUCUUGAUUGGAUCCGAUUGGGUUGAGGAAGCGCCGAAUCUGAUCGAUUGCUCGCAUACCCACCAGCCCCAUAUCUUGGAAACCUUCGAUCUACGGACACUCCAUAUGGUAUCCUAAGUCUGGUAUCGUAUGAUCGUUUUCAGCCUUUUCUCUCUCCUCGACAUGUUGCGUGUCCCCCUAUUUAUGCCAAGUCUUUGAUUGGGUUUGAUAUUAAGGCUUCAUUUAUGGUGCUUUCCGUUUUUACUGAGGAGUACAAGCUCGUGGGUUGCAGAUAUUGGGGGUUUUUUAAGCUCAUCAGAUUCAUGAUGAGUUUAUUUUAGAGAGAGAGAGAGAGAAAGGGGAAAGAUAGUAGUUUUCUGUGAAAAAAACUGUGAUCAGUCAGUUUCUGGUGGGAGAUACUUGAUUUUCUCUGCUCAAUUCGCUCAAUCAUCAGCGAUUUUGGGCCGUUUGAGCUGAAAAAUGCAGUUAAGAUUAGUGGCUUUGGAGGAAGGGAAGGACCCCGGAGCCGGAAAUAGGAAUGGCAAGGUUGUCCCAUGGAGAUUCCUCCAUUACCUGCUGCUGUUUCUUGUUCUGGGUCUCGGGUUCUCGAUCAUUUCCAUGAACACACUGCGAUAUUUUGGAGCCCAGAACCAAAACGGUAUGCCUCCAGUUCAAGGAUCCAACACUAUAGUGUGGUUGGAAGAGCCAAGCGGAAUCGAGAGUUGGAUUAGGCCUUCGAAGAAUCUGAUGCAUAAUAUGAACGAUGUAGAGCUCUUCUGGCGAGCUUCUUUUGUUCCUCAAAUUAAGACUUACCCUUACAGAAGAGUCCCGAAGAUUGCCUUUAUGUUCCUGACGAAGGGUCCCUUGCCAUUCGCACCCCUGUGGGAGAGGUUCUUCAAGGGGAAUGAAGGGCUUUACUCAAUUUAUAUGCAUUCAUUGCCUUCUUAUGUUGCUGAUAAUCCACCCACUUCGGUGUUUUACAAGAGACAAAUCCCUAGUAAGGUGGCUGAAUGGGGAAUGAUGAGCAUGUGUGAUGCCGAGAGAAGGCUCCUAGCAAAUGCACUUCUUGACCUAUCAAAUGAAAGGUUCAUCCUCCUGUCUGAAUCGUGCAUCCCUGUUCAGAACUUUACCACGGCCUACAGCUACAUCUCACAUUCAAGGUAUAGCUUCAUGGGCUCAUUCGACGAGAAUGGGCCCUACGGUCGAGGGCGCUACAACCCGAACAUGGCACCUGAAGUCAACCUCACUGAGUGGCGGAAAGGUGCCCAAUGGUUCGAGGUGAACCGCGAGCUUGCAGUCGCGAUAAUCCAGGACUCGAAAUACUACCCCAAGUUUAAGAAGUUCUGCCGGCCGGCAUGUUAUGUUGAUGAGCACUACUUCCCAACAAUGCUAUCAAUCAACUUCCCGCGUCUAAUGGCUAACAGGACCCUCACCUGGGUCGACUGGUCCAGGGGUGGCGCCCACCCCGCCACAUUUGGAAAGAAUGAUGUGUCUGAGCGGUUCUUCAAAAAGAUCAUAGAGGGCACAAACUGCACUUACAAUGAUCAGCCAACAACGCGCUGUUUCCUCUUUGCAAGAAAAUUUGCCCCAAGCGCUCUGGAGCCCUUACUGGCUUUAGCAUCCCGGGUCUUCGGGAUUCAUUGAGAAUGUUACGACCAGAUUUUGUUUUCUUCUGAUUGAUCCUUUCAGUCUUUCCCCUGCUGCCGAAAUAUUGACAGGUUGUUCUAUACAUGAGAGCACGAGGAUUAUAGAUGUCUAGGACAUUAUUUACGGACAUAGGAUCUUGAUUUAGUAGUAGCAAUGUUACAUCUUAUACCGUUGUACCAUUGGAACAUAUAAUGUGAAAUUGAGAGGCAAAUCCGGGUUGAAGCUCUACAGUUA